AUGUUUGCUUUCCUUUCCUUUACUCCUGCUAACCGCCUCUUUCUCCAACUUACUUCCUUCAUCUCCUCUUCCCUCUUUCACCCUCUCUUUUUCUUUGUAAUCUCAAUCCGCAUGCUCCUCUUUUACUCUUUCAAUCAUCGUUUGAAUUCCCUUGCCUUCUCCUCGGCCUUCUCCUCGGCCCUAUCCUCAGCCUUCUCCUCGGCCCUCUCCCCCAUCUUCCUCUUACUCAUCUUUCUUCAUGUUUACCUCCCUCUUCCUUCUCUGAGCAUCCUCUUCUUCGUAAAUUUUUUUACAUUUCUCCUCCUCGUUUUUCUUUGCAUGCUUUUCUCCUUUUUUCUCCUCCCCAUCUUCCAGUCUCCUCCUCAUUUGUAUUCAAUCCCAUCUUUCUUGCUCCUCCCUUUUCUUCCACGUCUUCGCUUGCCUCCUCCCCUACAUACUCCUCUUCCACUUACUUCCCCUUAUUUAUCAUUCCUUUCCCUUUCGUCUUCUCUCCUCUUCUCAAUCACUCUUCACUCGUCCUUAUCCUCAUUGAACUCAUGUACCUCCUCCUACCUUCUUAGCAGUCACCCAAAUUUUUCCAUUCCUCCAAUUGAAUUCUCUCUCUCUCACAAUAUCUAUCUAUCUAUCUAUCUAUCUAUCUAUUUCAGUCUGUUCAUCUAUCUAUGUAUUUCAGUCUAUUCAUCUCUCACUCUCUCUCUCUCUCUCUCUCUCUUUGCUUUCUCUCUUUCUUUCUCUAUCUGUCUGUUUAUCUCACUCUCUCUCUCUCUCUCUCUCUUACUCACUCACUCACUCACUCACUCACUCACUCACUGA